AUGUUGGCUAUAUUCACAUUAUUCAUUUUUUAUAUCCUGCACUCCACAGUCUCCCAGUCUGUUCCCAGCCCCAUCAAUGUCACCUUCUCUUCUGUAAAUCUGAGGAACGUGCUGCAGUGGUUUCCAGGAGAAGGCAAUUACACAGAUGAAACGCUCUACACAGUGCAAUAUGCCAUCUAUGGAGACAGAAUUCAAGGUAAGAAGGGGAAACGGGUGAACUGGAAGGCAGUGCAGCACUGUACAGAAAUAGUCCGGACGUGGUGUGAUCUGACCAGUGAGAUGUGGGAGGAGAAACAGGGUUACUAUGCCAAAGUUCGUGCUGUGGAGAGGGGAGCGUCUUCCAAAUGGGCUUUCACACCCAGGAGAUUCGAACCAAAGAUAGACACUACUUUGGGGCCCCCACUGCUUUCUGUGGAAAUUGAAAACAACAGUGCCAUCAUCACUAUGAAGGGACCGAUGAGGUAUCCAUCAAACAACCACACCCCAGCGCUUUCCAUGGUGACACUCUACCCCGAGAUGACUUACAACCUCUCUGUUCGCAACACCCGUCAGAACCACACGCACCAUUUCCCAGUUGUUGGCAGCGUGUACAAAUACCGCCUGAUGAAGUACAACAUGGAAUACUGCUUUUCUGCACAGUCGAAAUUCCACUCGAUGGUAAUGCACUGCCAGUCCUCUGCAUGGCUCUGCAUAACCACACCUCAAGACCCCGUGAUUGAGCAGCUGCAAAGUGUGAUUGUGGGUAUUGUUGUUCCAGCUUUGUGUAUUGGUAUGAUCAUUGCAGCUGGCUACCUUUUCCAUCGCUACCUGUCUGGGAAAGACCAACACAGUCCAAAUAUACUGAACCCACCUUCUUUUCACAAGUCUCCUAUUGUGUUCCCUCCUGAGAGUUCCAACCCUAUCCAAAUCAGCCUCAUCAGCCCUGAGCCACCAGGAAACUUAUUCACAAUGUCAGGCCUUGAACACCCCAUCUACUCUCUACAAGUUGUGGAUCCCCCACCCAGCUACUCGCCCCAGAGGCAUGAGGCUCCCUUGGAUGAUUUGUCCGUUGACUACGGGGGUAUCAGCAUGGCUCCUCAAAUCACUGUUGAAGGAGAGGAGGAAACAAGAGGAGGGAAUCAAGAUGAUGGAGACCGGAGAGUUGAGAGCGUUAACUCUGGUGGAGCUUACGCUCCUCAGGCUAACACUUCUUGGACAUGCAAACAAACCCCCAUGCAGACACAUGGCCAGUCAUCUGCAGGUUUACAGUCUUUUCCAAGAUCAGCUACAUGUGGGCUCAAUAAAAAGAAGGAUGGACAGAUUGGAAGUUUCCAAGUAAGCAUUCGGUUAAAUCUGCAAACAAUGGAGGAAGUAAAAAGGGGAGAAGAGCUGCGUGGAGAGGUGAUCUGGAGCACAGAUAGGGAGGGAGUGGCAAACAGAGGUGUGGAGGAAGGAAACAACUGUGAAAAUGUGCCUUUAAUCUCUGCUUAUGCCCCACAGAACAUUCCAAACAUGUCUGCCUCCCACUCCAACCAAUCUGACAUCACGCUAGAUGACUUUAGUGUCAAUCAUGAAAGAGGACUGCAUGUACCUCUACUUUCAGAGAGAGGUAGAAGACGGAGUGAAGAGGAGUAUGUGACGAGAGCUAGGUUGAGGCUAGAUAAUGUUUCUGUCAGCCAAGCAAGUGAUGAAGAGAAAUAGAAAGAGUUAGAAAACGACAGGUAGAAACAGGGAGUGAGGUGGAGAAGGUUUUCAUCAAAUGGGACUUUGUUGGGAUCCCCAUGGAUCAGUAGAUGAUAUUCAUCAGUAAAAAGCACUAACCCUGUUGUUGAAAGAUAA